GAAUAGAUUCAGUUUCCAAAUGCAUAUAUUUAUCAUUCUUUCUUUUCUUCUUUAGACACAGUUGUUUACGAACUGCACAACUUUCAAAACUCAUUGUGUUUGAGGGAAUCUGGAAUAUCCAAGACAAAAAGAUUCAUUCCCUUUUAGCUUUUGAGACAAAAAAUUAAGAUAAUGUGCCUUUUUUGUGAGGUCUUCUAUCACAGGGCCUGACCACCUGUGCUUAUACAUAGGGUGAUUUGCAUGCAGUUCAUAGUGUUAUUCUGGGUUGAAUGUUUUCACUUCUGUAAAUGCCUGAAUGCUCUGGGAAGCUGUCUUUUAUUAGAUUACUUUCUCAUCUGUAAACUUCAAAUCUACAGGUAAAGAUGCAGAUGCUCUUGUUCAUGUUUGGACCCGGAUUGUACCUAUUUUUUGUACUGGAUCAACUGAAUUUGGUCAAAACAAUGAACCCUAAAUUCUACCCUUGUGACAGUAACACCAACAGUAAUGGUAACAUACAUUUAGACUGCAAGCGCAGAGACCUCAUGAGCAUCCCUAAAUUUAUGUCAUUUUCUAUCAUCUCAUUAAACCUGGAUGAAAAUCGUAUACAUCAAGUAAAACGUGAUGAUUUCUCAGGUAUUCCCAAUCUUCAGAGUCUAAGUUUAAUGUGGAAUUGUUUGCCUGGGCGCCUCAAAGCAUUGAAAUUGCCUUCAUGCCAAGUGAUUAUUGAUCCGGAAGCAUUUGUUAAUCUCAAGAACUUGACCUUCCUUCAAUUGGCAGGAAAUAGUCUCAAGACUAUUCCUCUUCUACCCCAGCACCUUGAGGUUUUAGGAUUAGAAUUUAAUAAUAUUUUCCGGAUUGAACAACCCCUAGGAACACCUUUUCUCAAACAACUGCUUCUUGCCAAGAAUUGCUACUAUGCCAACCCCUGUAAUGAAUCAUUUUUCAUUGAUCAAAUGGUGUUUCAGGAUUUACCCGAGCUUCAGAACCUCACCCUUGGCUUUAAUAAUAUGUCUUCCGUUCCCAAACAAUUGCCUUCCUCACUGGAAAGUCUAGACCUUACAGAAAACAGAAUUACAGAGAUCUGGGAAAGCUCUUUUACAAACCUCACUAAACUCAGUUUCCUUAAUCUGCAGUGGAACUGCCAAAGGUGUGAUCAUGCUGCUCAACCUUGCUUUCCUUGCCCAAAUAAUUCAUCCUUAGGCCUGCAUGACAACGCUUUUUUUGAUCAGAGAGAGUCACUUGUUAUCCUUAGUCUACGGGGAAACUCGAUCUAUUCCAUUCCUAAAAAUCUUUUUGCACAACUAAAGAAACUAAAGACACUUGACCUCUCAGAAAAUCUCCUUGCCUACAGCAUCCGUAAUGGCACAUUCUAUGAGGAACUGCAGGGUGUUGUGUCCCUUAAUCUUCUAUAUAAUUAUCAACCGCUGAAAACAUUUUCAGAGCUGAUACUGUCACCCUCUAUUAGCAGAAUGAAGUCAUUGAGGAACCUUCAUUUAAGUGGGCUUUUCUUUCAUCAGUUGUCGAACAAUAGCCUUAGACCUCUGUUCAACCUAACACAGCUUGAGUAUCUUGACCUGCGCAUGAACUUCAUUAGUUCUUGUAAUGUAACUGCAUUUAACCAGCUGAGAUCGUUGAGAAUGGUUGUGCUUUCACAGAACAUGCUAACCAUCAACCCAUACUACACAGCAAGCUCUAAUAAUGCCAUGACCCUGGAUAGAUAUCAGAGGGAUGAUCACCUGAAUCUUCAAGACAUGCCUGCAUUUGAGUCAAAGCUCCAGAUGAACUAUUUACACUGCACUGACAAAGAAUGUCCAAAAAGUUAUUCAAUGAUGAAUUUCCAAAAGUGUUUCUGUUAUCGAAAACUCUUUUUUGACCUGUCACAAAACAAUAUACCAUGGCUGAAUGCAAGUACUUUCAAAGGAAUGGAGAAAACAGUGUGCUUGGACCUGUCCUAUAACUAUAUGAGUCAAAGUUUAAAUGGCCAGCAGUUUUAUCCUCUUACCGAACUGGUAUACCUCAACAUGGCACACAACCGUAUUGACCUUUACUUUAAUGAAGCAUUCCAGGAGCUAAGGAGAACACUGAAGGCUCUUGAUCUUAGCAACAAUGAAUUCCAUUUUCAGAUGAGGGGAAUUGGGCACCGCUUCACUUUCAUAAAGAACCUGACUUCACUUGAAGUUCUUAGUUUAGCAAACAAUAACAUUGGCAUGCGAAUCUCCAACACACUUUAUAGCACAUCUCUAAAGUGCCUGUUAUUCUCUGGAAAUCGUUUGGACAUCAUGUGGGACACCAGUGGAGAUCAGUACAUACGAUUCUUUCAGGGGUUGACAAACCUUACAUACCUGGACAUUUCUGACAACAAGCUUAGAUCAUGUUCCCCAGAAGCAAUAGUUAACCUUCCUCCAAGUAUUCAUGUGCUCAAGAUGGACUCAAACCUACUGAAUUACUUUCCCUGGAACAAUAUCUCCGUUCUCAGUCAACUGUGCUAUCUGAACCUCAGUGGAAACUAUCUGUUUAAUUUGCCAGACAGCGUUAUCUACUUUGGCAUUAAGCUUAGAAGCCUGGACCUCAGUCAUAACCGACUAAGUGCAAUUCCAGAGUCUUUCUUUAGUCAGGCAACAGGUCUUAAAGAACUGAUGCUCAAUCACAACCAGUUAAAGAUCUUAGAGAUGCACGCUCUCCCCCCAUCAUUACAGAAAGGCAAUACCAUUUGUAUCACUUCAAAGAUCUCCUGCAAGCUAACACUGCAUGCUAACCCAUUUACAUGUAGCUGUGCUACUUCCUGGUUUACUGAUUUUCUGCGAACAAGUCCUGUGGAUAUUCCACACCUCACUACAGAUGUUCGCUGUGGUUUUCCUGAAUCACAGACAGGAGUAAAUGUCCUUUCCAUUGAUCCUCGCUCCUGCCAGGAGAUAUUUGGCAGUGUUUCCUUCCUCUUUACUUUCCUCCUUACUAUUGCAGCAACUGCAGUCCCCCUUUUGAGGCAUCUAUAUGGCUGGGACCUGUGGUAUUGUUUCCAGAUAUUGUGGGCAGGACACAAGGGUUACAUGCCACUUCACGGAAACAACAUGAACAACCAACAUGAUGCAUUUGUGGUGUUUGAUACAAAGAACAAGGCAGUGAGAGAUUGGAUCUACAAUGAGAUGUUGAUUAACUUGGAAAGCAGAGGAAGAUGGAAAUUCCGGCUCUGUCUGGAGGAACGGGACUGGAUACCAGGAGUAUCAUGCAUUGAGAAUCUACACAACGCAGUGUACAACAGCAGGAAAACAGUGUUUGUGCUGACUAAUCAGGGUGGCUGUGCUUCUCUGAAUGGGGUAAUAAAGCAAGCUUUCAUUCUGGUCCAGCAGAGACUGCUGGAUGAGAAAGUGGAUGUUGCAAUUGUGGUCCUCCUGGAUCCUCUUUUCCCCAAGCUCAAGUACUUGCAGAUGAGAAAAAGGCUAUGCAGAAAGUCAGUUCUCUCCUGGCCUAAGAACCCUCGAGCCCAGCCUCUCUUCUGGAAUAAUUUGCAUAUUGCUUUAGCAUCUGACAACGUGAGAUCUUAUGAUAAAAAAGUUACAGAGAGCUUCCUAUCUAAUGAGCUUAUAUAAACCAAGGCACCAAGAUGUUAUAUUUACCCAAAACAUACUAAGCAAUUCAGAAGGCCUGUUUAUUUACAAAAGUUGAUUUGUUUAUUUGCAUACACUGAAAAGUAUGAAAGCAACACUAACUGCAAAACUUAAUAUAAUGUUUUCUUCAAGACAUUUCAGACAGUGAAUGUUUAUUAACAUAAAACAAAAGAGAUGUCAGAGCUCAUCUUGGAGGCAGGAAUGCACCCUGGACCAGAUGUCUGUCCAAUGCAAUUUAGUAGAGCCAAUCCGUCUGCUGGCUUGUCUGCUAUUUGAUACUUGCAAAGAAACUGCAGUACGUGGUGGAAACCUACAUGAAGAGCAUUCAAAAUGCCUCAGAGACAGUAAUUGGAACCUAGGAACCCUGAAUGCAGGAACUGUAAGGCUUCAUAACUACCUGCUGCACCACUGAGCUGCCCACAUAUUUUGUGUUUACUUAUUCUAUAAAAUAUUCUUGACCAUUAAUUGCUUUCUGCCAUACUUUUAGCCUAUAAUUAAUAUAGUGCCUCACUGAUACUACAAUCAUUGUUUAAUUUGCUAGCUUCAUAGCAACAUCAUAUGUUCUAAAAGUAUACAUUUUGGAUGUACAAUAAGAUUGUGUAACAAGCCCUGUUGUAUGAAGUUAUUAUAUCAUAGUAUAUGUAUAUUUAAAUAUGAAGACAAAUCAGUCAUUUUCAAAUUUCUGUACAUUAUAAUACAUUCUAAUACAAGAUAAAAUACAUUUUGCAACUUG